GUUCGUUCGGUUGCCCGUUCGCUUGCUUUCUAUUUGGUUUCUCGUCUUUGUUUUUGUUGUUGACACUUCCACUGUGUAUUUUUUUAUUGUGAAUGGUCUGUGUGUGUGUACGUGCCUAUUACUUGAAAAAUUGUGUAAAACCAAAACCUUUAAGACGAACUAAAGUGAUUGAAAACAACAAGAACGACAGCGAUAGAAAACGACGCUGCAACAACACCACCCAUGCGAUUUAUAUAGAGGAAGAGCUACGGUGUAAACGAGUUUCGGAUCUUCGGCGCGCGCUCUUUAUCCUAUCCAACACAGACAUCGAAACUAAACCCCGUAUAUCAUCCCAUCUAGCGCCAAGGUGAAACUGUUUGCCUCAGCUCUGGCAUUGAAUUAUAUCCUAGAGAAUAUACCGAUAUAUGGUGUAUAUCCAUCCCCCAUCCCCAGCUGUAUUGUUACAUUUUUAAAUUGAACAAAAAGUACAUUCGAUUCGAGGAACAAGAAGAAGCAGAAAAGCAAUUUGGCGGCGAUGGGCAGGCAGUACAAAUUAAAAGCUACAUAGAUGGAACACACGCACACACGCGGACAAGGCAAACAAACCGACAAACACACACGCCCAGAGCAAAAGGAAAGGCGAAUAGUAUAGCCGAAACACACAGCAGGCGUCUCGCUUUAACGUUCGGCAGCAGCAACAGCACAGCACACAUUGUAUUGGCUGUCAGAGCCAAUGUUAGAAAGGGACAACAGUCGCUUCGAUAAGCGAGGAGUUGCCAGUUUUAUUUUACGGUUGUCUAGUGGCAAAUGUCAUCAGAAAUUACAACACUGCGGAUGGAAGACGUCUACUAGCAAAGCAGCAACAACUCCAACAACAUCUGGACACAACAACAACAACGAAGCAGCACCAGCAGGAGGAGGAAGAAGAAGCACGCAUUGGCCGCAAAAAUAUAAACAAAAAUGUGGCCCACCGUGCAAGCGUCGACGACGACAGUGCGAACAACUAGAGCAACGUCCAUAUGCACGUCCCCAUCUGUGUCCGCAUCUGCAUCUGGAACGACAUCAUUGCAAAGCAACAGCAACAGAAGCAGCAGCAUCAAUGGCGCCAUCGCCACAGCCAACAGAUGCUUCAUCAAAUCCGCCAUAGAACGCUCAGUGGUGCGGCCCAUAGCUGCCAUACAGCAUACAGCCCAGGCCACAGUGGCCACUGCAGCCACUGAGGAUGUGCCAGUUGUGAAUACAACCGAGCUGGAGUACGACAUCAUCAACUACUACACGGAUUCACCCUCAUCCACCACUCCCUGCCUCGCUGCCAGUUCCCGGCAGCUGCAGCAGCAGCCUGCAAUAUGCCCCCCGCUGACACAGGGCUCUGGGUCUGCGUCUUCCCGUCGCUGUUCUCGCCUCAUCGGCAACCAUCAGCCAACUAUGGAUACGAAUGCUGUUGAGGCGGGAUUAGCCACCAACGCCGCUGACACCGCAUGUGGAAGUCUGACGACGGAACAGGAGAUCAUACAGGAGGUGGAGGAGGAGUUGGAUUUAUUUUCUGAGGAUUUAGAAACAUCGAAGCCGCCACCCUUGUUUACCACCAAAACAUUGCGUUGUCGCAGCACCGCUGCCGCCCGUUCCCGCGGUGGCGGUGGGACACUGAGUCGCCAACGGAAGCCGAAAGCCAUUGUGCCGCCCCGCACUGAAGUCCUCAACAGCAGCAGCAUCGCCAGCACAGGCGACAGCCGGAGCCCCAACAGCACACCUAGCAUGGAGCCGUCGCCCACACCCAGCUCCACCCUGGGCGUCAAUAUGCGGGUGACAGGGCAAUGCAGCCAGGGAGGACGUAAAUACAUGGAGGAUCAGUUCUCUGUCGCCUACCAGGAAUCGCCGCUGACUCACGAGCUGGAGUACGCGUUCUUUGGCAUCUAUGAUGGACAUGGCGGGCCCGAGGCGGCCUUCUUCGCCAAGGAGCACCUGAUGCUGGAGAUUGUGAGGCAGAAGCAGUUCUGGUCAGACAAUGAUGAGGAUGUGCUGAAAGCCAUACGAGAGGGCUACAUAGCCACGCACUUUGCAAUGUGGCGGGAGCAAGAGAAAUGGCCGCGCACCUCCAACGGACACCUGAGUACGGCGGGUACAACGGCAACGGUGGCCUUUAUGCGCCGUGAGAAGAUCUACAUCGGUCAUGUGGGCGAUUCGGGCAUUGUGCUGGGCUACCAGCAGCCCAACGAACGCCAGUGGCGGGCCAAACAGCUGACGACCGACCACAAGCCGGAGUCACACGAGGAGAAGGCACGCAUCCAGCGCUCCGGUGGCAUGGUAGCCAUCAAAAGCGGUGUGCCGCGUGUGGUCUGGAAUCGACCACGGGAUCCCCAGCAUCGUGGUCCCAUCCGUCGGCGUACGGUUGUCGAUGAUAUACCCUUUCUGGCAGUAGCCCGCUCCCUCGGCGAUCUCUGGAGCUACAAUUCACGCUGCAAGGAGUUCGUCGUGAGUCCCGAUCCGGAUGUUAAGGUUGUUAAAAUUGACCCAAACAUGUUCAGAUGUCUAAUCUUUGGCACCGAUGGCCUCUGGAAUGUGGUGACGGCCCAGGAGGCAGUCGAUGCUGUGCGCAAACAACAUCUCAUUGGCGAGAUCCUCAACGAGCAGGACGUGAUGAACCCGAGCAAGGCCCUGGUCGAUCGGGCACUGAAAACGUGGGCAUCCAAGAAAAUGCGUGCGGACAACACGUCUGUGGUAACUGUGAUACUAACACCAUCGUCGACGACAUCUGGCUCCUCCCAGGAGCCCUCGCCCGUUCUAUCGCCCAGCCCCUGCCCAGUGCCGUCGCUGGCGUCACGCCGAGAAAGGAAUUCCCGCCGUGAAUUGGAUUCACGCCGUGAAUUGGACUCCAGCGACAUGGAAGCGGAAGUUGAUGUCGAUGUGGAUGCCCUGCUGGAUGCCGAAGACGAGGACAGUGCAAUGGAUAGCGAAAAUAGUUGUCCAGACUCUCAUAGCAUCGAGGAGGAGGACUACAUUCUGGAUGCCCCAUACAGUGCCUUGGCCAAGCGACAUUUGCCGCCCGAGCCGUUUCGCAAUUUUGAUUACUAUGCUGUCGAGGAGGAGCAGGAGGAGGAGGAGCAGGAGGAGGAUGAUGACGACGAGUAUAUCGAUGGGGAAACCAUCGAUGCUGCCGAAGAGGAGCACGCAGGCGAUGUGGAGGCAUCCGCGUCUGCGUCUGUGCUGCAACAGCGAGUGCCGCGUUCCUCCUACGAUGCCCAACGUCUCAAGCGGAGUCUGCACAAUCAUCGCAAGAUGUGGCGUAAGUCCAACACCGCGGGGGUCUAUCCCUGGCGUGGAUUGGUCCAACAACAACAACAGCAGCUGCAGCUGCAGCACGAGGCGGAGUCGGGCGAGGAAGUGAUCCUGCUGGAGGAGGAGGAGGAGGAGCUUCACUUGCAUCACUACGUCGAUGGAAGCCACAUUUAUGGGCAGUCUGUUCCACCCGCAGGCGGUGCAGGCCGAGAGCUGACAGAACUGGAGCAUCAUCUGGAGCACCACUUGGAGAGCAGCUUCGGCAGCUAUGGCUCCAGUGUGUGCUCUUUGGGCUCCGAUUAUAGUUUCGCCGAGUCCUACAAUACGCUCCUCAAUGAGCAGGAGGUGGAGGCUCGCAUCCGUUCGGCGGCAGCAGCUGCCGAGGCGGAGGCGGCCGCUGCUGCUGCCAUGGAUGAUCGCAGCAUGCAGGAAAUCAUACAGGAACAGCAGCACUAUCAGCAGCAGGAAGGCUACUCCCUUACACAGCUGGAGACGCGUCGGGAGCAGCUGCAUCAGCUGCAUUCACACCAGCCGCAGGAUCAGGAGCAGGAACACGAACAGGAGACUUGGACGCCGUCCGAUUACGUCGAGCAACAGUCGCAUCAGGAAGAGGAGUCUGCGAAGGAGCCAGAGCCUACGGAGCUCUUGGAAUUGAAUGCUUUGCUGCAGCAGGAGCGGGCUGAGGAGGAGCAGGUGGCCUUGGAGCGGGAGCAACAGCUGCAGCGAGAGAAGGAACAGGAACAGAAGCACGAGCAUAUGGAGGCCACCUCCAGCAGCUCCUCCAGUUCCAGUUCGAGUUCCAUCGAAACGGAUUUCAUAUUUUCCAGCAAUUGGGCGGCAUUAAAGGAGCCAACAACGGACACAGUCCCCCAAGAGCUGGAGGAGGAGGACGAGGAGGAGGCGUCGGCAUUAUCGUUACCAGCGUCACCGCCCACUCUGCAGGACAAUCAAGUGAGCUCCACCCUACCCGCGACACCAAGAUCCGCGGCCUCGGAGGCAGGCCUUACCCCAGCGAUGCUGCAGCUUCGCGAAACCGUGGCAGAGAUCCGCAAGGAGGAUUCCCAUGCCGUCCAUUACAUCAUCGAACAGAUCCAGAAACUCCAGAACGUCGAAUGCAUACCAGUGGCAGCCGCGCCGGGCAUUGGCGAAGCACUCGAUCGCGCCAGCGCUUUGGCCAGCGACUUGGCCGCAGCCCCAUCAGCCUCCGCGCCUGUGGCGGCUCAGCGCAUCCGUCAGAUGCGUCGCUAUCGGAAUGUGCCAAAUGAGAAUCAUCAGCACAUGCAGACGCGCCUGCGACAGGUGUUUAAGCACUGCAAGAACAAGUCCCUCAGUGCGGCGGCCAUAAAAGACUCUGUGGGUGGCGUCGGAGCAAGUGCCAGUGCAGUCGGUGCAGGAGGAUUAGCAGCAGCAGUUGCCGCAGGCGCAGGAGGAGCCGGUAAUAGCUCCGCUACAGUUGUGAUUGCUGCACGCAGGAGCCUCAAUGCUGCGCCCAGCAGCAUCAAGAGCGGCAACAGCAACGGUCGCAGCAGCAACGACGGCAGCGGCAGCAGCAGCUCCAUUAUGAUGACUCGCCGCAGCCAGACACUGGCCAUCAACAGUGGAGGGGGCGGGGGAUCAGUGAGUAAGCGCCAGCUACGUAGCUGCAGUAUCAGCGGCAUUGACAUGACCAAGCGGACGCUCAGGACAAGGAAUGUACCAACAGUGGGUGUGGGCGCCACAGCCGUUAAUGUGCCGCCAGUUGCUGCAUCUCCCACUGCAAGGGCCAAUAGUGCUGCAGGAGGAGGAGGAGGAGCAGCCAGCGGCACAGCAAGCGUCGUCGCCAGUGCCAGUGGCAGCAAUACCGCCAGUAGGCGCCUCAAGUGCACCCAACAGGAGCGCGAACAGCGGCGCAGCCUUCGCCGGAGUACACUGAAUGCCACCAUGCCCAGUGGCAGCAGCGGCGGCGGCGGCGCCAAUAUACCCUCGUCACCGUUUAGCAAAUCAACGCGUCGGCAAUCGUCGUGCAAUGGUGCGGGUGCCAUCUCUGCUCGGCCACCGCCUUCGCCUAAAAAGCUCAACAUAGUCGUACCCACAUUGGCCAUUGGGACACGGGCCUACACGGCGGCCAUGGCCGCAACAGAUGUGCAGCUGAACAAACGCUGGUCCCUGCGCAGCAGUCGCCAGCAGCAGGUGGCCAAAGGAGCGUCAACUGGGACGGGGAGCAGCAACGGCAACAGCAACAGUAGCAGCAUUGCCAUUACCAAUCAUAGGAUGAUGAUGAGAGCCAUCAGCUGCUACAGUGUGCGCAAUCGUGGAGGACAUCAGGAGCAAGGACCAGGAGCCGCCACAACGCAACAGCAGCAGCAGCAGGCGACAACACGCAGGCGCUGAUCGGGUGAAAUUCAAUCGAAUCGGGGCACACAGCGGGAGCAAUUCCAAGUACAAAUCCCAAGCAACGGACAAACUUUGAUAAGGAGAAGGAGCAGGCGCAGAAGGGAGAUGCAACACACACACACACACAGACAGACAGCGUAUAUAUAUAUUUUUCAUUUCAUUGUUUUAUUUUGAUAAAUGCCAAAUAGCUGCCUAAAUUCGUAUCAUAAAACCGCAAGGCAUCCCACCAGCACCCAAAGUCCCCUCUCUCUCCCCCCAACCACAGCAUGUAUCAGUGUCGUUUUUGUUGUAAAUACAUUCACUCACACACACACACGAGAGAUAUAUAUAUAUAUAUAAAUAUAUAUUAUAUUAUAUUCAUUAUACAGAGUGCAUAUAUUAUAUUUUAGGUAUAAAAUAAAUUCAUCAUGUAAACCAAUCCCCGAUAAAUUAAUGAUAUACCCACAUACAUGUAUCGUAACUAUAUAAAUUUAAUUACACAUCACAUUAGUACACCUCUUGUUCUUUUUUUUUUGCACUAUUGUAUUUAUUUCAUAAUUUAAUCUUAAGCCUAAAACCAAUUGU